AUGGAUCCUGUUGAAAAUGGUGUCUUCAAUAGUCUACAGUCAGUCGAUGAAAGUUCGUCAAACUCGUUAACUAUUGACGAAAGUUUCAUCGUCGUUUGGUUAUUAAAAGAUUUUCUCUUACCCAACACUGUCAGUUUGGAAUCAAUCGAAUCUCAAAUUGAAAACAGUGCUGACCUACUGAAGAAAUACUUCAAUUCACCAAAAGAAUGCCAAGAAUAUAUUACUUCAUCAUCUCGAAACUAUAAAAUCUUUCUCAUUCUUCCGAAGAAACAUGCUCAAAAUGUUCUACUCACCGUUCACGAUCGACCUACACUACAUUCAGUUUAUAUUUACCAAGACAAUUCUAAUCAAAAGCAAUUCCACGACAGCUAUCCUAAAAUAGUUGGUGUAUACAAAGAUCUAAAGCAACUAACCAAUGAUUUAUGUACUGAAAUAUAUGAUGGUAUUCAAAAUGCAUGCUUACCAAUGACGAUUUUCAAACGAAAAUACGAAGAAGAUCGUUCAUUUAAUGGCCUGAAUAACUUCGCUUAUUUCGUUGAUUUUUGGCAUCCAUUAUUUGUUGAUUUAUUAUUUGACCUACCCCAACUGGAUUACGAACGAGAAAAAUCGAAAUUUAUCGAGCAGUGCCGCAUCUACUAUCGAGCAAACGAAACUAUGUUGACACAUAUCGAUGAAUUCGAACGCACGUAUGAAGCACAAUUUGCUGUUCAAUGGUACAAGCGAAACUCAUUUAUCUACCGUUUACUAAAUCGAGUUAUGCGUCAGGAAAACCUUCGAGGAAUCCUCGCUAUUCGUUUCUUUAUUCUGGACAUAUGUAAACAACUGCAUGAAAUCUAUCAAAAUUACACCGAAGAUGUUUAUCUCGAUAAUUCGUCAUUUAUUGUGUAUCGAGGUAUAAAACUGGCUAAGAAUGAUUUUGUUAACAUGAAGAAAGACUUGAGUCCCAGCACGAUUCUCUCGAUCAAUACUUUGUUUUCCACAAGUCAGACGUUAGAAGUUGCAUUAGUUUACGCAGGUGCAAUAGAUUCGAAGAGCAAAACUGAAGUUAUUAGUUCGACGAUGACAUCUAUUCUGUUCGAAAUCACAAUCAACAUUAAUCAUCAGAUGUCAAUCGAACGAAAACCAUAUGCGAACAUAAGUUUCGAAAGGGAUGAAGGGGAAUUAAAAUACAGAGAUGAAUGCGAAGUUUUAUGCAUGAUUGGAUCGUUUCUACGUGUUGAUGAGAUACAAGAGGAUUAUGUGGCAAUGAACACGAAGGUCACGUUGGUAAAACUGACGUUAAUCAAUGAAAAUGAUUCGACUAUUCCGAUUAUGAAGGAUUAUCAAAUUUUAAAAUCAACGGAGACAAUCGAAGGAAAAAUUAUCCGAAUCGGAAAUUUACUCAUCGAUCGUUCAUUAGCGAUGCGUUCUCCACGGUCCAAAGCCGAGUCAUUUUACAGAACUUUAACUAACGAAUUCAAUUCAAUGUAUCUCUCCUCAUGUUUAACAGGUCAGGCUUGGAUUGCACUCAAGAGAGAACAGUUCGAUCUCGCGAUCAAAUUUGCAUUGGAAGCUCUGUCGAACGGCGAUCAAUCGAAUGCUGAAUGGAAAAUCACCACACUCAAUUGUAUAGGCGGUGUUUACUUCAAGCAAAAAAGAUAUGUCGAAGCAUUGAAGUACUAUAAACAAGCGUACCAUAUCUCCAAAGUAACAGACGAAAAGAUUGCUAAUAACAGCUAUCAUGGACCUUGCAUUCCUAUCGAUAAAUUCGCUAUGUAUGAUAAUUAUCGGAACAUUUCCUCGAUAAAUAUUGCACGCAUCUACCAGUGCAAAGGCGAACCUGACCAAGCAUGGGAAAUGUACAAAGAAAUGGUUGAUUGCGAAAUGCGUGACNUAAUAAAUAAAUUCGACGCAUACAAAUCGAUUUUGAAUUCUUACGAUGCUUUUCUUGAUUUAACUCUAAAAUCCAUAGGCUCGAUAACACCGCAAAUGACGAUGGUACUCGAUCAUUAUCGACCACAUUUUGUUGAUAUAUGCAUCAAUGCGAAUCUUUUACAUCUCGGAAUUAAAAUCUAUCAACAGCUGUUCAGUUUACUAUUCAAGUAUUCAACGGAUAUGAUGAAAAUCAUCGAUUUGUAUCACCUUAUUGCAGGUGAGUUUGUAAAGAAAAAACUAUUCGACGAAUCAAUCGAUGUUUACGAACAUUUGUUGGUUUUCUUGAAUCAACAUCCAACCACAGGUCAGUUCAUCGAAGUUGACAAAAUUGAGUUUAUCUUCUACUUUUGGAAACAUCGCAUUAUUUCCGAAUACCUUCUCGAAAAGAAAUACGAUGCGGCCAUCGAUUUGUAUUAUAGAAUGAUUUACUGCUUGGAAAACUAUCGGCUAAAUUUUCACAUGACUUACUAUGAGUAUGAUUUUGCUUCCAAAUUGAUGCCAAUCUAUGACGAAAUAAGUUCGAUUCAAUACUUAAAAAACGAUGAGUUCCAUCAAAUAAUGCUCGUUUAUCAAGAAAAGGUUAACUUUUUGAUUAAAAAUCAAGUGGGAAAUGUUCAGACACAAAUUAAUACGAUUUUCACACAAUGUGAACACUACGCGACAGUUCAUCCGGAAAAAAAGAAAGAAAUCUAUACUGAACUUAGCGAUUUUAUACAAAAAAACCGCCUUGAUUACUUACCGUAUCUGUCGAGUCUUGAUGAUGCACUUACUCAAUUAAAAUCAUCGAAUUCAUCUCGGCUGAUGUAUCUACAUCAGCAAAUCUGUAAUUAUAGACACAAAGCGAAAACUUAUCUCGAUGAAAAUCGACCUCACAAAGCAGAACAAGUUUAUCGCGAAGAGCUGUCACCGUUUCUUUUGGAAAACCAUGCACGCGAUGAUGAACAAUUAACGAGAUGUUAUAUGAAAAUCGCAUCGUCUUGUUCUGUAGAUAAUCCUCAACAAGCAUUGGAAUAUUAUCAACAAGCGAUUGAUAUAUACGAGAAGCAAAGGAAUAGCUUUUACACGGAUGAAACAUUUCAAUUAGAUGUAAAUGUUUGUCGACGAUAUGCGGGGAUGCUCUUUAUUUGUUAUAAUUGUUUAUCAAAGGUUUAUAUAUCAAUGAACGGGGAAAAUCUAGCAAAGGAAAUAAGACGAAAAGCAUUGGAUAUUUACGCGAAAUAUCAAGAUCAGUUUCAGUUUGUUGUUAACCUUAUGACAAAUGAAAUCAAAAUCGAAGUUCUUCCUUUUGUUGAAUUAAACUAUUAA